UCAUCUUCAUCAUCAACUGAAUCAUAACUCUCUCCAAACCCAUAAAAAACAGAGCAACAACAACUGAGAAACAAACUUGUAAAGGAUCUUGGUGAUGGCGGCGGUGGCUGAUCCUGAUUUUGAUAACGCAUGCAUCUUUGACGACUACACGAUGCUAGAUCCUAACUACGUCACAUUCAAAGACCUAGCCAAAUUGUUGUUCCGUAAAGACAAUCAAAACUGGAAAUUCGUCCGGUCCAAGUCAUGUAGGAAAGACAACAAGCACAAUAUCCCUUUUGAGAAUCGAAGGAUAAUCUUUGUCCGUCUGUUCUUACAGAAGCUGUUGCAGUUUUUGCUCAUCCCUUUGUCAUGGGCUGGCUCUAAGCUUGAGAUGUGGCUCAAUAUCUGUUCUCAUAACGAAAACAUUUAUGGUCUUUUACUUAAUCUGCUUUGCCGGGAGAUGGUAAUGCCCGAAACGAAUAGCGAAACGUAUUUAUCCUUUAUUGGAUGCCUCGACAAGCGAAUGGAAUUACCUAACCAUAUUAAACCUGGCGACCCUAAAUAUUACUCUUCAAUUGCUGUCAUGGCCUCCAAAUUAUCCUACGAGAAUCAAUCGCAUAUCGAAAGAAUCGUCACCAAGGUUUGGAAGAUGGAAUUUGUUGGUUUCUUCAACUUUUGGAACGAUUCCCGAAAUAAAGAAACUACCCAAGCAUUUAUCUUCAGAGAUAGGAACGUGGAGCCGGAACUAACGGUAGUGACAUUCCGUGGAACCGAGGCCUUUGACGUAGAUGAUUGGUGCACUGACCUCGAUUUCUUGUGGUUAGUUCUCGAAAAGAUAAUGGGAAAAGGGAAGGGGAAAGUCCAUUGUGGCUUCAUGAAAGCACUAGGCCUUAAGAAAAAUGAAUCGCCAGAAAACAUAGACGAACCAACUACUAAUGCAACUAAUAAGGUCGCUUACGAUGAAAUCGUGAAGAUCCUGAAACAGGUUUUGAGCGAGAACGACAAAGGAAGGUUCAUAGUAACCGGACACAGUCUUGGCGGCGCAUUAGCCGUGCUCUUUCCGUCAUUACUAUCCCAUCAUAAAGAAGAAUUUUUAUUGAAGAGAAUGGAAGGAGUUUACACAUUUGGGCAGCCCAAGGUAGGGGACGAGGAAUUUGGUGAUUUCAUGACAGACAUGUUUAAGGAAUAUGAAAUCGGAUAUCAAAGGUUUGUAUACGGAAACGACAUAGUGCCUAGGUUGCCUUACGAGGACUCUACACUUAUGUUUAAGCAUUUUGGUUCUUGUAUAUUUUUCGAUUCAUCUUAUAAUGGUCAAGUGGUGGAUAAAGAGCCAAAUAAUAAUUACUUCUGGGAUUUAAAGAAGUCUUGGAUUGCUUUGAAGGAGCUGAAGAGGAGUUUCACAAUUGCCCAUGAAAGAGGCCCUGAUUAUAAGGAAGGAUGGACGUUGUUGUUCAUUAGAAUAGUUGGACUCGUUUUUCCAGGCUUCUCGGCUCAUUGUAUUCGAGAUUAUGAUAACUCAGUCCGCUUAGGGUCGGAUGAUAUUUUUCGUUCUAUUGGUUCUGUCUCCCAUGAUAAAAAUAAGUGUGAUUAUAGCUAGGUUACGUCAUUACUAAUGUGUUUUCUUAUUGUUGUGGUGAUAUUAGUGGGGGGAAAUAAAGAGUUAUGCAAUGUAAUUGUGUUUGGCUCUUAUGAGUGGAUAUGAGUUUCUUUUCUUGUUCUUUUGGUAAUCAUGUAAUCUUGGAAGAUGUUGAGAUGUUUUAUAUAAUAUAAUGGUAUUUGAAUAAUUUAUGAUAAAAUUUUAUAAUCUGA